AUGAGCGCAAGAACCAGGAGGCAGAAGGCAGCCCUUGCCGAGAACAGCGAGGAAAGCGAGGGCAGCAAUGGCGCCGCAGCCACCCCGUCCAAGCCAUCAAAGAAAAGAGGACAAUCCGCGACACCCGAAGAGCCGCGAGAAAACAUCUUCUUGUUCGCCCCGAACUUGAUUGGCUACUUCCGAGUCGUCCUAGCCAUCGCGUCGCUCUACUAUAUGCCCCUCCACCCUCGCACAUGCUCGAUCCUGUAUAGCAUCUCAUGUCUGCUAGAUGCACUUGAUGGAUAUGCUGCACGCUACUUCAACCAGUCGACCACUUUCGGCGCGGUGCUGGACAUGGUGACUGACCGUUGUACCACCUCGUGCUUGAUCGUUUUCUUGAGCUCCGCCUGGCCCCGGUGGGCUAUUGUCUUCCAGGGUCUGAUCUGCUUGGACUUGGCCAGUCACUAUAUGCAUAUGUACGCGACUUUGAGCCGCGGGGGAUCGAACGAGAGCCACAAGAAUGUCAAGGCGACUCAGAGCUGGUUGCUUUACCAAUACUACCACAGCAAGGCGGUUCUAUUCGUUUGCUGUGCUCUGAACGAGCUCUUCUUCAUCGGUCUCUACCUGUUGUCCUUCUCCUCGCCGAUCCUGUCGCCCUCCCUCCUGCAGCCAAUCCCUGACGCUAAGCCUUCCUCCAUCCAGCCUGGAAACCCUGCUCACCCUGCCCCAUCGAGCCUCUUUGCCAGCCCUUGGAGCGCCGGGGCUCUUGAGAUGGCUCGCGCCAACAAGAUCGACAGCUUUUGGCCUUGGGCUAUUACCGGCGUCUCGGCCCCAGUCAUGUUCUUCAAGCAGGUGGUCAACGUUGUCCAGCUUGUCAAUGCCAGCAAGAUGCUGGCUGAGGGGGAUCUGGAGACCCGACGUAUCAACCGCAACAAGAAGAAAUAA